GUACAGUCUUGAAGCAGAACUGACUGCCACUCCUAUUCCCUGUUACAAGCAGCAUAAGAAGAAUUUGGGUUAACUAUGACAGUUUUUGCUACUGCUCUUUGGUUUUGUAGGCAACUGUGUGCAUAUCUAGCUUAUCUCCUGAAAAGGUGCAGCAGAUAUCUACAGAGAAUAUUCACAAAUAACCGAAGUGUUUGGGGCGAAACUGAUUUACUCGCUUUCUGUGCAAAAGAAUGGAAAGGAGAAACAGAGCAGGCAAAACAAAUGAGAGAGUGUUACAAAACAUUAUUUUGGAGGUACCAUGUGAAAUGUAUCAGACAGGUCAGUGGAGAUAAGUACUGUUUACUAAGAGCUGUGCUAUUCCAGAUAUUCAGCCAAGGUCUCCCUCUUCCAUCAUGGACUAAGGCCACAGAUAUACUAAAGCUCCCUGAAAAACUUCUUUAUUCACAAGGAUGUAAUUGGAUCCAACAGUACAGCUUCGGAUCACAACAAUAUACAGGUUCAAAUACACUAGGAAAAUUACGUAAAUGUAUUGAAGCAUUAAAAGGACAGUGGAUGGAAAUCAGUGGUAUUAAGGAUCAAGCUCAACGACAUAAUUUUUGCAAUGCACUUUUUACCGGUGGAAGCAUGGAGCAUAAGUGCUAUGAGGCCAUAAAAUUCAUCAUGCUCUAUCAAGUAAUAGAAGCUUAUGAAUGCUUGGCCAGUAACCAGGAAUGCAUUCCAAACUUUUUCAGUGACCUUUUUAGACGGGAUACUUCUUUGGACCCUUUAAGUUACAUGAUGAAUCAUCUGAAUUCAAUAGGGGACAGAAGAGGUCUUGAUCAGAUUGAUCUGUUUCUCCUUGGGCAUUCUCUUGAAAUAAAAAUAAUAGUUUAUAGGUUGUGUAAGAUUAAUACCAAAGAUUUCCUAGAAACGUACACAGAUGAAUAUCAGAGGGAUUGGCACGAGGUUCUCCUUCUAACUGAAGAUGACCGUCAUUAUCACAUUCCUGUUGCUAAGAUAUGACUUUUUCAGGCUGACAAAUAUUUCCACAUCAAACCCUUCUGAAGAAAUUUGUUCAGAUGAAUGGCAUACUGUAUUUAAGAAAUAUCUCUGCUAAAUAAAAAUAUGUAUGAAAGAGUUGUUGGCC